AUGGAAGGAGAUCUUUACGCAGCUCAGUCUGGUUCUAACCAGAGUGUUGAAAAUGCUCAACAACCCGCACCUGCCGUUCCUGUAGGUAGAGAUGGUCUUCCAAUUACAGUUCCAGCAUCAUCGGAUGCUUCAAGCAACUCAGAACACGUUGAAAUCGGUAAGGAUGGCUUACCAAUUCAGCCAGUCGAUACAGAGCACCCAUUCGAAAAGAUUGACGUCGAAGGUGGCGAAGAAGAUCAACCAGAAAAGGAUAUUAAGAGAAAAGGCUUCUUAGCUACAUCAAUGAACCUUUUGAACUCACUUCUUGGUGCUGGUAUAUUAUCUGUUCCAAGUACUUUUGCAGAUACUGGUUAUAUCGGUUCCCUGGCUAUUCUUAUUAUUAUUGCUCUUCUUUCAUACUAUGCUACAUAUCUAGUCAUUGUUGCUCAAGAUAUUUCAAAAGCUGAUGGUUUCUCCGAUCUUGCCUUCAAGACAUACGGAAAAUGGGGCUACAUCGCUCUUGAUAUUCUCACACUUUUGUUCCUUGUCUCAGCCUCACUCGCAUAUAUCAUUAUUGCCGGUGAUAUUAUCUUAUCAUGGUUCUCAUUCGGCGGAAAGGAUCUCUCAGGUCUCUGGCCAAGAGCUAUCACGAUUCUCAUCUAUGCUUGUUGUAUUCCAAUUGCAUUGACCAUUCCUCGUGAUAUUUCUUUCCUUUCUUAUUUCUCUACCGCUACAGUUAUGUUCAUUCUCUUCUAUGUAUGCGUACUUGUUGUCAAGUCAUGCAUCUACAUGAAGCAGAACCACGGUAUCAAUCCAUCUUGUUUCGCUGCCAAAUUCAACAUUACACUUUUCAACACAAUUUCUAUUUGCGCUCUUACAUUCGCUUUGCCAUGCGUUUGUAUUCCAUCUCUUGAGCUCUUUACAACAGAUACAAAGAAGAGAAGCACUGUUUCUUUGUUCACCAUCUUUAUCUGCUCAAUGUUUGUUAUUUUCCCAUCAAUCUUCUCAUACUUCGAGUUCGGCGACAAAACAGAAGGUAACAUCUUGAAUUCGUUCCCAGAUAACGAUAUUUUAAUGGUUGUUACACGUAGUGUCUUCUUCUUCGUCGUCAGCUUCGCUUUCCCAAUGAUUUCACAGUCUACACUUUCAGUUUGGUCCGCUUUGAUCUUCAAGAUCGACCAACAGAGAAAAUUACCAUGGAAGAAGCGCCUCGUUGUUCUUAUUGUUACAGAUGGUAUUCCUCUCCUCAUCGCUAUGUUCGUGAAGGACGCAAAGCCAAUUCUCGCCAUUGGUGGUGCUAUCGGUGGUUGUAUGGCCAACUUCACAUUCCCUGCGAUUUUGUACUUGAAGGAGUCACCAGAUAAAUUAACAAACUGGAAGAACAUUUGUUGUAUUGCUUUCGCAAUCUUCGGACUUAUAGCUGGUGUCCUUUCUACUUACGUAGCAGUUAAAGAUUGUAUUCGUGCUUUCAGCACCUAA